AUGUUCUUUCGAAGCCCGGUGCUCCUCUUCGACAAGUCCAAGCGACUCGCAGUCAAGCUCGUGAGCUCCGUUGGGACGGGUUUCUCCUAUUGGACAGAGAAGUCCCCAUUGAAAAAGGAAAUUCGAAUGGCGCUCAGAAAGUAUGAUCCGAUGGUGAACCGGCACGUCAUGUUCUAUGAGGCCGCCCUCUCGAAACCUCGGCGAGGGAAGAUGCGCCGGCCCCUGGCCUGGGCGCGUUGGACGGGAAGGGGCAUCGAGGAGUUGGUCAAACGGGUGGCAAGAAAGCAUGACCGCUACGGUUUCUUCUGA